GGCAACGUUGCCGCGCUCAUCGGCACCGACGGCUCCUAUUGGUUAAUCGUCGAAAACCGCUUCGAGCCGCCGCGCGUCAGCACUACCGGGUCAUAUAGUAGCCGUGUCCGUCCGUCCCGUUUGUCCGUCAUUCUUUCUUGUCUUUGCUUGUUUCACUCCACACUCCGUACGGGUCCAUCACACAUUCGGUAAGUAAGGUUUUUUUUUUUUACUUUACGUUCGGUUUUUAAUUAAUUCUAAGUUUGGGCUUUGGCGUUACAGUGUCGGUUUAAAACGGUUUUAUCGUUCUCGAUCGUGUACAAGUCUGUUAAUUUGCCGUAAUGUAAUUCUGCGGCGAAAGCCGAUACGUUUGCACCCGUCCGCCAUCUUUAUCGUUUUGGGUCACGCCUAUUUAGGUAUAUGUGUCCGAUUAACUAUUUAUUUCUUUUUGAAUUCUUGUUAUUUUUCCGUCUUCGUAGCCGUUCAGUCGCUCCCGAUUUGGAAAAAUUAUUCGCUGAACACCGUUUACCGUUCAUUAUCUCAUUUCUCUCGUUCCGUUUGCCCUUGCCAAAGGUUAACCCGGCUAUCACGAGGUUAUUAUUGAUUUUCUGUAUGAAUUUGAAUUUUUUGUUUCAGUCUUAACACUCCAAAGCCACCCAACAAUUCAACAUACAAAAAUGUAUUCCUUAGCCAAAGUCGUUGCCCCAGCUGUCCGCUCCGCCGUAAGUAUAUACCUAUGUGUUCAUUAUUAAUGCUUUUUUAGUUGUUAAGAUUAAACAUUGCAAUAUGAGGUAUGAAUAUAUGAUGAGAUUUUAAGCUAGAACGUUUAAAUGAGCUCUCAUAUCUUAUAAAGAGAGUUAGAUAAGAGAAAUAUUAAAAUAUCUGGAAAUGGGUGAAGGUGAUUACAAGGACGUUGGUUUUUCAAUUAUUUUGUUAAAUUUUAAAAGAUAGUUAUUAUAUUCUUCUAUUUAUAAAAUAUUAAUAGUUCCAGUACCUUUCCUUCUAUAAAAUCAUUUUAUCUAACUACCUAGGUAAUUAUGUUCUAUUGGUAUUAAAGUCUGAACAAAAUUAACAAAUUUUUAUAUUCUACAAUGUGUGAUAUAGUGUAUCCACCUGCCCUUACAUUUUAAUUUUAAUUGUACAAGCUGAAAUAAUCCCUGUAACAUUUAUGGGAUAUUGCAUAUAAAAUAUAUUUCUGUCAAAUUUACCAGUAUUUUAAGGUACCAAAUUGGUAUUCUGUAUUGAGAAUUUCAGUAUUUUUAUUAUACUAUAAAUAUUAACAUUAUUAAAUGUCUAAUUAAACAUUAUGUUUCAGUCAGUCUGUAAAUAUUUCGUACUUAUCCUAAUGGUUAAAUGAAGAUAUUAUGUUAUACUUUAAGUAUUAAUAUGCUUUAAGACAGUUAUGCAAUGCAAAUAAACUAAUCGUUCGUGGUCAAAAAAUAGAAAAAAACUAAAUAUUAGUGCUAUGAAAAUUGUGAUAAUGUACAUUAUAUGACCUUAACAAACCUUGACAAAUUCAUUACCUAUAAUUUACUUGCAUUAAAUUAUAUUUUUAAAUUCUCAAUACAUUUUAUAUUAAAUCUGAAUUUUAGAUCCUCUCAAACUCCAGAGCUUCUUUUGUCAGGCCAAUCAGCAGCAUUGUUUCAAAUGGACCCAACACUCAAUUACAACAAAACCAACAGACACCCAGUGCUAUUGUUUCCAAUGGAAGCUUGGUAAAAUAAUUGUUAACUCUAAAAAUUACAAAUAAGUAAAUAAAUAAUUAUUUUUAAUUAGCUGAAUGCUGUAAGAGGUUUCCAAACAUCUGCUGUGUCAAGAGACAUUGACUCUGCUGCCAAAUUCAUUGGUGCUGGUGCAGCUACAGUUGGAAUUGCUGGAUCAGGUAUUUAAAAUUUGGGUUUUAUAACAUUUACAUCUUAUAAUAUCCGCUUCUUACUAAAUUAUUUGCUUGUGCGAGUUCUUGCUAAAUAUUAUUUAUAUUUUUUUUUAUUUUUAUAAAAGUUAAUAAAACCAUGCAAGAUAAUAAAAAUAUUAUUAUUUAAUGUUAAGUGUUUAUACAUUUAUAUAUACAGUAGAAUUUCGUUAAGUCGAAAUAUAUGUCGUUCUUUUGUGAAAACUUAUAACAAAAAAAGGAGAUAACUGAACAUUCUGUGUUCCGAAUAAUAACUGAUAAAUUUUAUAAUUAUUUGUCUAAUCGACCUGUGCAUCCUAUAAUUUAACCUAAUAAUUUUUUAGUUAUACAAAUUAAAAAUAAUAAUUACUAUUCACACUGUUCAUGUAUACUAUAUAAUAAUUAAAACUAUUAUGUACUUACAUUUUAAAAACUCUUAUUAAGUGUCAAUUAUUUUUCCUUAAAACCUUUAACUUAGUAAGUCAAUAAAAAUUGUGAAUUUCUCUUGAGAUUUAUUUUAUUGAGGUUCUACUGUAUUUUAUUAUUAUUUGAGUUUAAUUUAAAUAUUUGUAAAUUGCAUGGUUUUUUCUAAUUUUGUAUUAGGCAAGUGCAUCAUUUUGUCUAAACAAUAAUAAUCUUAUAAUUGACUCAUUCAUCACAAAAAUGCUUUUUUAUCCUCAUAGGUACUGGAAUUGGAGUUGUUUUUGGUUGUUUAAUGUUAGCGUAUGCACGUAACCCUUCAUUAAAACAGCAGCUUUUUUCAUAUGCAAUUUUAGGAUUUGCUCUAGCUGAAGCGAUGGGUCUCAUGUGUAUUAUGGUUACUUUUUUAAUGUUAUUUGGAUUUUAAUGGGAACACUAUUUUAAUUUUCAUGAGUUAUAUAUUUUGGUGCUUAAGAAUUAACCAUUUAUAUAUAUUCUUUUGAAAAUGUGUAUUAAAAUUUAAUACAUAGAAUUACAAGAUGAAACCAGUAUUUUUUUUUUUUUUUUAAAUACAUUAAGUUUUCUUUUUCUUACUUUAAGUAAUAACUCAAGAUAAAUAAAAAAAAUUCCGUUUAUUUUAAAUUAAUUAAUUAUAAUACUUAUUAAUUGUAAAUGUCCUUAGAUAAAUUCUCAUUUACUAUAAGGAUAUUUUAAUUCAAUUGUUACUCAUUUAUUUUUAUUUUUUUUUAUAUACAUAUAUAUUUAAUUAUAUAAACUAAUAAAAUGCAUUCCUUAUUGUAUAUCUUGACACGUCCUUAAAUUGAUUUAUUUAUUAAAAUAUUAAAAGAUUGCAUUGUACAGUAUUAAAUAUUUAUUGUUUAUACUAUUAUUUUUAAUUUUUGUUUACACCUUUAUUGCUACUGAUUUUGCUUUGCUAUUAUUAAUUAAAUCAAGAUUUCAGUUUAAAGCUUUUUUGCAUGUUGUUUGAAUUUUGGAAGUGUGAUUAUUUUUUGCUACAGGAAAAUUAAGCAUGCUCCAAAUGGUGAAAAUGUAAGUUAUACAUUAAUCUUUUUUAUUAUUUUGCAAAUAUAUUAUUUAAAAAUUACAUAAUAUAAAUUCUCCCAAAAUUAAUCUUAUAUUAAGGUAUGUUAAAACUAUGGUCUGAAAAUAACUAAAUUUACUUACUGCAUUGGUAGUAAACUAAAAAAGAAACUCUGUAUUGAUUAUCCAUGAACAAACUUAAACUAAAUAUAGCCAUUGGAAUUCUAUAAGACACUUAUUUUGUGUUUCAGACCAUCUAGUAUUUCCAUUUCCAUGCAAGAACAAACUUUUUCUAUAGUGAUUUAUCUUUUACUAUUAAAUCCAUCUAUAAUAGAAUUUAUUUUUCAAUUCAUAAUUAGUGAAUACUAAUUAAAUUUUCUUUUAGUCUUAGAAUUUUUUUUUAUAAUUUAUCUUAAUAAAUUACUUUUGCCUUUAAUUUGUUAUUAAAUAAUUUAAUACAAGUAUAAUAUUAUAACUAAACAUAUUGGCCAAUAUAUUAUUUAAAUCAAAAUAUAUUACUUUGUUUUAUUAAUUAACCUAUUAAACUAGGUUUUUUUUUGCUUUUAAUUUUUUUAUUUGGCUUUCUAUGCUGUAAGUUUGUACUACCUCAGCAUACUCAUUUUUGUAAUUUUUAAUUAUAAUUAUUGACUUUCAAAUGGAUCAAUUAAAUUUUGAAUAUUAAUUUUAUUUAUUUGAUAUAUUUUCAGGAGCUGGUAUUGGAACAGUAUUCGGUUCACUCAUCAUUGGUUACGCACGUAACCCAUCACUCAAACAACAACUUUUCUCUUACGCCAUCUUGGGAUUUGCCUUGUCUGAAGCCAUGGGUCUUUUCUGUCUUAUGAUGGCUUUCUUAUUGUUGUUCGCUUUCUAAGUUGUCUCAUCACGAUGUCUUUCGUCGUUCAUAAAAUAAAAUAAAUACAAUUUUUAAACAUCUUGAAAUACAAACCAACAAGGAAUUUUAAUUUCUGUUCAAAAUUGGCACGAUCGAAAGAAUUGCGAAAGACUGUUAUCUGUGAAAUACACUUUGAUAGGGAAUUUACCUGUAAUAAUAUAAUAGAUACUAACUAUAAGACGGCACUUAGGUGUUUAUGAAACUGCCUCAUAUUGUAGACGUAUUAAACGCCUAGGUCAAGAUGUUUUUUUUUUUUUUUGGUCUUUCCUAUUUUGUAUGUUUCACAGAUAUAUAUAAAUAGAAUAAAUACUUAUUGUAGAAUCCAUUUGUUUAAUUCCUUUUUUUUAUUAUUAUUGUUAUGAUGCCAUUUUUUAGAAUGUGUUGGUGAAUUUGUUGCAAAUUAAAAUAUCAUUUUUCAGCUGUACCCGGUUUUGACUUGGCUUUAGAUAACAAUGUUACAUGUUUUCUACAAAAUGUAAUAUAUGAAGUUAUACAUAUAAAGAAAAAAAAAUAAUUUUAAUUUGUUACGUAUCUUCAAAAUUUAAUUACUUUUUUUUUCCAUUAGUACAUUGAAUUGUUUUUAAAAAAUUUUAGUGCUCUUUCAAUAAAUAGUAAAACUAAGUGAGGCAAAUGUUAACCUUUUUUUGACAUGCCUCAAAAUAUGGGCAAUUUCUACUUAGUUCUUUUAUGUCCUUUAUAUGUUUUAUUUUUGUUAAUUUAAUGAUUAUUUUUUCAAUAACUACAUGGGAAAUAAAACAAGUUAGGUACUCUGCUCGGAUUAGUUUAUUGUUUGAUACUCUAUAUUAUGUAAAUUAUUUUAUAUCUUGCCUUUGUUAUUUAUCCAUUAUGAUAGUGGCAUAUUAGUGUUUAAUAUCAAAUUUGAUUGCAUAUUACAAGUUAUACGUGUAGAGGUUAUUUAAAAAUUAUAAAUGCACAAAAAGUACAAAAUUAGUUAUUUCAAAUGAUCAAAGUAACACUUAGCAAUUGGAAUUUAUUUAUUUGUUAGUGCAUCAUAGUUGGUUCAUAAAACAAUUUUUCUAUAUUUACAUAGAAUUAGCAGUAAUGGAAUGUCUAUUUUUGAAUUUCAUCCUGCUAUAUUUCAGUUUUUCUAUUGAAUUUUUUUUUUCAUUAAAAUUACUAUCUUAUGACAUUAAAACCAAAAUUUUGGAAUUAAUCCAAAAUGCCUUUUUAUUAUUAUGAUUUGUAGUUUCUUGAAAUUUGAUAACAUUUUUUUUUAUUGUAUCUAGAAUAGGCCUAUCGCCUUAGAUUUAGGGUUACAAAUGUUCAAAACCUAGCGACUCCACUAACUGUCGAGGUGCAUCCUUUAUUCUUCUUCACUUUUCCCUAAUAACUAUACUACGUGGUUUUGUAGAAAAUAUCUAGCGUUAUUUUUGAUAAAACCAAUCCGAGCAAGUGACCCCGUCAAGUUUCUAAGUGCAUCCAAAAUGCUAUUUUUCAAGAUUAAUGUACAAUAACUUCAAAAG